AUGAGCCAAAGCAGAAGAGCAGAAAUAAUUGGCAGAAUCUUAAAAAUAAGAAGCCCGUCUGAGCACACGGAGGCGAGGCAUAUUAUAAAGAAGGGGGCCGAGAGGAGUGCAAUAUUUAAACGGCUUGUUUUGUCAGCGCCAAAGGAAACAGAAAAGAAGGUAGAGUACUUAAUAAAGAAUUCGAAGAACGAAGGCGAGUGGGAAAUCACGUGCAGGGCGGCAGAAGCCUUUUUCGAAAAGACAAAAAAGAUCGAGAUACUGGACAGCAUACUGAAAGCCGCUGCUGAAGAGAGGGGGACGGACUGUAUCGCCAGCCUUUUUCAUUCGAUCAAAAAGCUGCUGAUUCUCACCUGGGACAGCGCGGAAACAGCAGAGAAAAUAGUAAAGCAUGCCUUCAACGCAGAGAAGCAGCAGUAUCUGGCAGUGGCUGUUUCCGAGUCCUUGAAGGUCUCUCAGACCUUCCCGGCGUGGCUGCAGGCCCAUCUGGCGCAUGCAGCAGAAGAGUUUAAAUCCUACUUCCUGGUGAAUCUGUUGCUGGACAGAAACAACCACAUGCAUUUUGACGUAGACAAAUAUGCUUUCCUGUACAAGCUGUCGGACAUGCAAGUGGGUGCUCUCAUGGGAGAGGUUGCAAAAAUUGUGGAAAAGAGCACUCUGCGUAAAAUUGUGCUGUACUUGGCGCAGCAUGCAGAAAGUCUGAGCUCCUUGUGCCAGCAUUUUGAGCCAGACACUCUUGUGGAGCGGAUAAACGAAAUCGAGCCCGAGGCUUUGAUGGGCGUGCUGGUGCGCCAUCAAACACAGUCCUCUCUGAUUGGCCGAAUCACACAGCGCAUAGCUCCUAGCCGCCUGCUUUCGGUGGCUGGAAUGUGCCUGACCAAAGAGUGCAUCGCGCCCUCUGAGGAAAAAGUCGUGCAACUUCUGCUUCAGCAGGUGUCUGAGCGCGCAGAGGAGCUGCACAAGACAGACCCGUAUGCGACCCUGUCUGUUCUUUUGUCUAUGAACAAAGCAGAGCCGCUGAAUGGCUUCCUGGUCCUGGAGCGCGAAAUCCCGGAGUUCCUAAAAAGAGCCUUGAGCGAGUUUUCUGGCGCAGAGCCGCAGCUGGAAAAAAGCGGAGCCACGUUUUUGGAGGCAUACGCGCGCGCGCAUGAGGCCGGCCUGCAGAAAAGCAACAAGCUUUUGAGCAAAGCAAUCUGCAACGGAAUUUCCCUGCUGCACGAAAAGCACAGCGACGAGCUUCUGCUGGGCCUGCUGGAGUGCAUCCACGGAAAAGAGCCGGUUUUUCUUAUUGUGCAGCUAUUGAAGGAGAACGGAGACUCUGCCGCGCUUCAAAUGUGCUGGAAGCACUCGCAGAUGAGACUUACAAGCAUAAAUGUAAAGGAGCACCUCAUCAGGACCGAAGACAUACUCAAAACAGGCGGAGGCGCGCGCUGCAUGCAGAUUGUGUCUAAGUACCUGUGCAACGUUCUGCCUGCUGUUCCGCUCACAUCGCAGAAGGCCAUUGUUAGAGACCGAAGGCUGGCCAGGCACCUGUGGGACAUCAUUAUGUGCGACUACAAGAGCUACGAGGGGGCGGUUCUUUCGGGGCUGACAAGCAGCACCACCCUGCACCAAACGCUGUCUUGCGAAAAGACAGACUACAGUUCUAUAGACGUGGCAGGCGUUGAGGGGGAAGCUGUUAUGUUUUUGAUCAUGCAGAUACUGAGCACUCCGUAUCAACUGCAGUAUCUUCAGAUAAUCACCAAAAUGAAGAUACUGUACACCGAAAUGGGCGUGUCCGCAGCAUCCAAGUGGGCAUACAUGCCCGAGAAAAAGGCAUUUGUGUACGAGGGAACCCCAAUGAGCAUAGCGUACGAGCUGAGCGGGCGCAUAAAGGAGCUGGUCGACGCAGACGGAGCGCGCCUGCAGAGCAGCACUGUGUACGAAAUAGUCCAGGAGCACAUUAUUGCGCUGCUAUCGAAGAAAAACCUAAGGGAAUACGCCGUCCACGCCCUUGUAGGAGGCUUCAUUGAAAAAAACCCAGACCUGCGCAUGGCGCUUGAGCUGAUGCGGGACAAGCCCCGAAAGGUGCAGGCGAUUCUAGACAGCUAUCCCAAGCCGUCCACUGAGCUGCCCUGCCCAAGUGCAGAAAAAACAAAGAGGCGCGCAGAGGAGCCGGUCAGCAGGCGAGAGCGGAAGAAGACCCAGAGCUUUUUGACAGAUGCCGAGUCUGUCCUGGAGAAAGAGGAGCUCAGAAAAACCGGAAUUUUGGCAGCUCAGCUGUCUAUUUCCAAAAACGCAAAUGCGCCGAAGGAAGAGAGCUACAUAGAGUACGUGGACGAGAACGAAAUAGCCCGCAAUCCAAAGGAGGAGAAACUGAAGGAGAAGAUUCAGUCGGCUCUGCGCCCCUACUCGCCCGAGCAGCUCUGCGUGGCAGCUGGAUACUUCUUCGUUGAGCUGGAGAGAUACUGGAAAACCGAUAGAGAGAAAAUUUCGUCGCACUUUGACAGAGUAAUCAAAAUCAUGCAGCUUUUUGCCAAAGCGGACGGGAUCGAGCAAAUGCUGCCUAUAAUGGGCGGGUAUAUAAACUACUCCUAUGCACUUGGGAGCGAUGCAUCCGAGACUCUUAAAGAAAUAGUCAAAGCCGUUCUCCGCAAGAAGCCGGCAGAAAAGGCGUUCAGUGUGCUCAAAAAAGAGCUUAAAAACAAACUUAUAGUCCAGGUGUACACAGACGUUCUCAAAGAGGCGCCUUCGGAAACCAUCCAAAGCGUGUUUGACCUUGAAGAGCCUGGCAGUUUUCUGCACCAGGCAGCUGUUAAGUCUAUAGCAAAUAGAAGAAAUGAAGCAGUGUACAAAACAGCAAUAAAGGCCGCGCUGGCCCAGAUGGAGAGCAGCCGAAACGACGACGUACUGUAUGGAAGCUUGCAGCUUCUAAGAGAAGAGUAUGUGAAUGCCUCGACCUCAGAGCAUGCAGAAGAGAUUGUAGAGCAUGCGGUAAGGCUUUUGAGGAUCCGAACAAAAAUAGACAAGGCUGGAGCUGAGGCGCUGCAGAUACUUGAGCACGCCCUAUUCAGAUGCAGCUAUCUGCUUUCCCAGAACUCAAAAGACGACAUUGUUUGCAGCAUAAAGUACGACCUCUACCAUUACAAAAACCUUCUUCUGUUCUACCUAAACGAGAUCCCCAUAAACGAGUUUCUGGAAAUAAUUGGGCGCGUGAACUCGCCGGAGUCAAAGUCGAUCCGCCCAGCGAUCAAAAAAAUAGUAGCGGAAUACAACCCUGGAGAAAAGGAGGGCGCUGCCAUCUUUUCAACGCUGAUCGAGCAGGCAAAGGAAGGGACCAACCCGGACAAGUUCUUUAUCAUCGGCAUGCUCAUUGAGACGGUCGGCAGAUACGCGCAGGGUGCAUGGAUCACCCUGUUCCUGAAGACCGCAGAGGUGCUUGCAAACGAAGAAAAGCCUGAGGUGGAAGAGCGCCUUUUGGAGCUGCUGAGAAAAAUAGUUGCUCUUUCGCAAGCUAGAAAGAAAAUGAAAGCAAUUUACAAAGAGUGGGCAGAGAGCCCAAAGCUGGGCAAGCUAGUCAGAAAGAUAGCCCCAGUAUUCAAAUAA